CAGCUGUUGCAAAAAUAAUUGGUAAUAAUGUCAAGAAACUGCAGAAGUUUGCCUCCACAGUCAAGAUGUGGGUCUUUGAAGAAACAGUCAAUGGGCGAAAAUUGACAGACAUCAUAAAUAAUGACCAUGAAAACGUAAAAUAUCUCCCUGGACACAAGCUGCCAGAAAAUGUGGUUGCCAUCUCUAACCUCAGCGAGGCUGUGCAGGAUGCGGAUCUGCUGGUGUUCGUCAUCCCACACCAGUUCAUUCAUAGAAUCUGCGAUGAGAUCACUGGCAGAGUGCCCAAGAAAGCGCUGGGAAUCACCCUCAUCAAGGGCAUCGACGAGGGCCCAGAGGGACUGAAACUCAUUUCUGACAUCAUCCGUGAGAAGAUGGGCAUUGACAUCAGUGUGCUCAUGGGCGCCAACAUUGCCAGCGAGGUGGCUGCAGACAAGUUCUGUGAGACCACCAUCGGCAGCAAAGUCAUGGAGAAUGGCCUUCUCUUCAAAGAACUUCUGCAGACUCCCAAUUUUCGAAUUACUGUGGUUGAUGAUGCAGACACCGUUGAACUCUGUGGUGCUCUUAAGAACAUUGUCGCCGUGGGAGCCGGCUUCUGUGAUGGCCUCCGCUGCGGAGACAACACCAAAGCUGCCGUUAUCCGCCUGGGCCUCAUGGAGAUGAUCUCUUUCGCCAGGCUCUUCUGCAAGGGCCAGGUGUCCACAGCCACCUUCCUGGAGAGCUGCGGGGUGGCUGACCUGAUCACCACCUGCUACGGAGGGCGGAACCGCAGGGUGGCAGAGGCAUUCGCCAGAACGGGAAAGACCAUUGAAGAGCUGGAGAAGGAGAUGCUAAAUGGGCAGAAGCUCCAAGGACCUCAGACUUCUGCGGAAGUAUACCGCAUCCUCAAACAGAAGGGACUCACUGACAAGUUUCCACUGUUUACUGCAGUGUAUCAGAUCUGCUACGAAGGCAGACCCAUCUCAGAGAUGCUGUCCUGUCUCCAGAGCCAUCCAGAGCACACCUAAAGUGAAUCAUGUAUGAGCCUGGGGACCAUUCUGCCUCUCCCAUGUGGAAGCCAAGACUUGGCAACAAGAUGUUUGCUUGACUGUACUCUCAUCGUGGAUAUGUAUGAAUUAUUAUAAGUUCAUUUUUUAAUUAGGAGAGGCAAUUAUUGGCCAACAGCUAAACACUGGACAACAACUAAUACACAAGUGAACACGUGUGUGUGCGUGUGUGUGUGUGUGUGUGUGUGUGUGCACGUACAUAUAUUCUUUGUUUAUUCUCCAAGUGCUUCUAUGAACCAAAAUUAUAUGUCCUUUUUAAAUAGGUUGCAUUUUAAAUUUCCCCACUAUGUAGUCUAUAUGAUUGGCAUUAUCUCAGCUAAAUUUUUUAGGUGUAAUUCAUAUGUAUUUUAAUGGAAGAAUUAUUUGUUCUCAUUUUUUGAUGAUAAAUUUAACCAGCAUUAAAAUGGUGGAGUGAAUCGAGGAGAAAAUGUGUUCAAAGAUCACCAUAUUUAAACACUAUCUAAAAGCCAGCAUAAUCAACUACUUUGAUUGUGGGUUGAUCUUUUUUCAGAAAUUAGAUGUUUUAAAUUAGAAAUCCAUAUUUUCUCUUGCUGCAGUUUCCUGCAUUCUUUAGGCACCUUUCUCUUCAUUAGCUGCAAGAAUGUGCUUCUGUAAAGAUGCAGCAGUCGCAGAAGUUAUAAACUCACCUGAGAUUUUCCUGCUGUGAAAGACAUGGUCCUCCAACAAACCCCUGCACGAUGCUCUGUGUUAGGUGGUGCUUUUUUGCAGAUUUAUCUUAAACCUCAUGAAUCCCUGAGAGGAGGCUGCCGUUGUUCCUCUUAUAAAAUGCAGUCACUGGUCACCGGGUGAGCAGGGACAGCACAAAGAGUCAAGUGCAGCACAUUUUCACCCCAUUGAGGAGGUGCAGGACCUUCUAAGCCAUGCCCAGACAUACCUGACCUCAAUCUCAUGGGUUGUGGCAAAUGUCCAUGCAGCCUCUCUUGAGGCUAGAGGAGGGCUUCCUGCUGCUGGGAAUUGUGUAGGUCAAGGCCUCGAUGGUCACCAUUCCAAGCAUGCUCCCCAGUCCAACAGCAUCAGCUUGCCUCUUAGAAGUGCACACUUGGAAGCCAGGUGUGGUGGCACAUACCUGGUGUCCCAGCUACUCAGGAGGCUAAGGCAGGAAGAUCACAAAUUCAAGUCUAGCCUAGACACCUUAGCAAUAUCCUGCCUCAAAUUUUUAAAAAGGCUGGGGUGUAGCUCAGGGGUAGAACACUUGCUUAGCAUGUGUGAGGCCCUGAGUUCAACUCUAGCACCAGAAAAAUAAAAGCAGAUUGCCAAGCCCUGCCUCAAACCUCUGUGGUGGCAUCUGUUUCAACCCCCUUCUGUGGGUUUCCAAUGCUCACUAGAAUGUGAGAACCACUGCUGUAGAAAAUUCACUGUAACGUGGCCUCAGACCAUCUGCCCAGAGUGUCCUGGCUCCAGUGGAUGUUCCAGGGUCUCCUGAAAGGUCAGGUGACUUAGAGAAGCUGCACGCACACCCCUCUUGAAGGUGUAGAAUGUAUGU